GAGGUAUAAAAAUGUCUAAGUCAAUUGGUAACGUAAUAAAUCCAUAUGAUGUAGUGCGCGAUUAUGGAACAGAUGCACUACGAUAUUAUGUUGUCGGUGGCGUAUCAAUGUUCGAGGAUAGUCCGUUUUAUAUGGAACGUUUCCAUGAGGUGUAUAAUGCGUCACUCGCAAACGGUCUGGGGAACCUGGUAUCACGCACCAUGAACAUGGUGGAUGAGCAGUCCUGGCUGCAGCAGUACCAGUCUGGCAAAGGCCACAAGACCCUUUUGCCCCUC